AUGUUUCACAUUACAAGGGUCACCCGGUAUACCGUAGGAAGAGGAAUAGGGUCGGACCGUACAGAUUUGAACCCUGUUUUGCAGUAGUCGGAUCACAGUGCAGUCGGUGUAGUCUUUCUAACCUUGAUUGAACAAUAUUGUCUGUUAACACUGUGAUUUGACAAUUUUCUUAUUAUUUAUAGAGCGUCCAAAGACUCCGAACUCUCCUAAAAAUGGCAAGUCCUCAAUUGAUCUGGACUCUCCUAAACGUCAUAUCAUAUCGGCAGUUAACGGUGAAUCACCAAGACACAUCCCUAAACCUGUAGCUCAGCCGGAUAUUGAUAAAGUUAGGGAGCAGAUUAAAAACGACAUAAGAAAAGAACUUAAAAUUACAGAAGGAGCCAGAAACAUUGGGAAGGUGACAUCCAAGAAAAAAUAUCUGGCGAAUGUUAACAACUUUCUCAAAACAUCACAAAAGAAAUUAGACGAGCUUUACAAUAAGCUUCAAGAACGCAAUGCACAUAUUGUUGUGCCAGGAACUGAAGGUACAUUCUGAGACUUUGUGUUUCCUUGUAAUGAGUGUAUGCAUGUGCUUGUUUAUUGUAGCUUGUUUACAGUUUAUUGAAGCGUUUACAUUUAUAGGAAAUCACCAGGAUUUGCAGCUUCUACAGUGAGCUAUGUUCAGAUGGGAAAUCUCUCUCCCAAUCCUGGCGAUUGCAUUAUUCCCUGUGAGAGUCAUUUAUCGGUGUUUGUGAAAACACAGAGUUACACUGCGGUUUAUAGAAUGACCCCAUUUAUGUUGUUACUGGAUGUAAUAAUGGCGAUCUCAAUGACAGCUCACUGACAUGUUACUGCCUUUUUUAUUUAUUAAGUGAAACUGUCUGUUGACAUUUCUAAAUUCUGCAUUUCUUUUCUUGUUGCUAAUUUUCGGUGAUGUCCAGAGACCUCAGAUGCUCCUAAAGGUGACACCAGCUCCCAGGCAGAUAACGCGAAGCUGACUGCUUUGCAGAAACAGCUAGACAUCGAGCUGAAGGUGAAACAUGGAGCAGAAAUUAUGGUCAAAGCAUAUUCAGAUGGGCGUUCCAAAGUAAGUUAGUUACAUUUAAUUUGAUCUUAAAGAGACAGAACAUAUUUUAUUUAGGAGAGGUGGUGAAAACACAUGGUAACUUUUACAAUGCAUGAGUUUUAUUUCAACCCAAUGGCAUUAAGCCAAUAGUAGGCUGGUGAUAGUUUUUUCCUAGAAUCAAGAGAGGCGAUACAAACUUCCCAAGCCAACACGUCUUCAUACAUCUCACUCAAUUAUCUAUCUGACUUUUCUUAUUGCUGUUACAGAAUGUCAAACAUCUUGCUGCUGUCCAGAAAAUAUUACAAGACAGCGAGAAAAAAAUAGACAGUUUGCGCAAGUUAAUUCUGGAAGAAAAGUCUAUUAUUAAAGGUAAGGGUUCAGUGGCUUCAUGUGUAGUUUAAAUGAAGAUUGAUGGGUAACAAAUAAAACUGUUCAAAAACGGUUUGAUUUCUUAUAAUGGGGUCCAGGGGAUGCCUGGCACCAUAACCACUACUGCAAAAUAUAACAGGAAGAUAUGAUAGGGAGGUAUGUAUCCCAUAGACCUCUACACUCCAAGGGUUUGUAAGGGAAAUGUAGAGCUGCGUGUCCUCUUAAAAGUGGGAGCAAAGGCAGUAAUGGAGUUAUACCAACACGCAGAUACAUUUUAUAUUAUUUACAAAACAUAUACCUUGACAUCUAUUAUUGCAAUAGUCUCCUACGAGAGAGAAAUUUCAAAUGUGUCCAGGAUUGCAAAUGCAUUCGCUAAGCAUUGUGGGACAUCACAUUCUGUUUGUUGCCAGGCAGAUGGAGCAUGCACAUCAAUUCUGACAACCAUCGAGCUAUACAGUAUAUAGACAUUAUAAUGUAUAUAUCCACCGAACAUUUAUUGUGUCCCCUCCAAUACUACUGACAUUAUUAGUUUAUACGUAUACAAGGUAUAUAUCAUAUUAUGAGUUUACAUAUAAAAAUUAUAAGGGUACGUAUAACAAAUUGAUUCUUUUAUAAAAUUAAAUAUCAGAAAGAUCUACGAUUGGAGAUUGUGGUUCUUGUUUUAUUCUCUGUUGGAUUGAGGUUAAAAUAAUUGAUCACUGUAAAUACUUACAUUAUGUUACAGAAGAAACAUCGUUACCAGUUCCGGAGACGGACAUUAAUACCAGUGCUCCCUCGUUAUUGGUGACGGACACACAGGAGCCAGAGCCGGCUGGGUAUUCACUUUAUAUCUUUCUCAUCAAUGCUGUUAGAACCUGAAUCCCUCACAAUUUCCAGUACCAUUUAACUAUAAAUCUGACAUAUGUUUGCCUACUGCUGUCUACACAUUUCUUAGCAUGCGUAUCAGUCACAGAUACAUUUUAUAAUGCUGUCUAUAUGUUACAUGCUUGUGCCAAGUUGCCAGAUCUCAUUAUCUUUGCAGGACUCCUGUGAAUUCUACAUUCUGCCAGGUAUGGUGCUUUGGAUGUCACACAGGAAGCACAGAAUGUAGAAUUCUAUACGGUGCAAAAAUACAGAAAUCUGCAACCCUAGUAAUAAGUAUUCUUGGGGUGUCCUUUAAAUAACGUACUGUAAACAGCAGCAUUAAAAAUACUUGUUUUCCUGGCACUAUAGCUUCCACCUCUGUCAAGGCCCCCUCCUACAUUAUUCAAUGCUUUCCUAUGGGGAUAAUCUGACGCUGGAGAUCCUCAUACAGAGUGUGAGGACAUCCAGCAUCAGCUAAGGGACCAAAAGUCUGUUUCAAUUUCGGAAGUCCCUCUGGUGGCUGUGUGGUAGAGGAGGAGCCACUAGAGAAAAACUGCAAUAACUAGAGAAAAACUGCAAUAAUUACCACUGCAGGGUUCAGGGUGAUGGGAGUUUGCACCUAGACCACUUCAAUGAGCUGAAGUGGUCUGGGUGCCUACAGUGUCCCUUUAAUGUCUAAAAUAUAAUGACUAUAUAGAUAUGAUAAUCUGCCAUCAUAUUUUAAUGAUACAACCAUAUAAACUGUUUUCUUUUUCCUUCUGAUAGCGAUAUUCCAACAUGUGAUGUGAAACCAAUUAUCCAACUGGAUGUGGAAUUUGACUUAGAGGUGCCUCCUGCUCCAAGUCAAUCCUUUCUACAUAAUGAUCAGAGUCGGUUUUCAUCCCAUAUGGAGAUCCCGGAUAAACCGGAUCAGGUAAAGAUGUGCUGGCUUUAUUUUGGUUGUUCUUUAUCUCUAAACACUCCAUGUAGAAUAACCAUUACAGCUCAGUGCAGUAGUUAUAGUGCAGAGAGUCUGUGGCUACUAACUUACAUUUUUGUCAAACCAUUUGGGAGUAUUUUGACAAAACACUGGACUUUCUCUGGCAUAAAGUGAUGGCCUCCUUGGCCACAGGGGUGGGGUGGCGGGGGGUGGGGGGGUGGAGGUAUCCAGGUUCUUGGAAGAAUCUAAUUGGUUUGACAUUAAACCAGGGAUAGCGCCAGGACACUCUGGGCAAUAUAACUACUACAGCGAGCUAGAAUGGUUAUGGGGCUUACAGUUCCCUUUUAAUCAUUAUUUUCCCACAUUUACUGAUUCUCUCUUCACUCCCAGCAAACUUAGCUUCCAUUAGUAUUCAAUAUCCUUUUAUUGUGUCUGACUUUCUUUUCUAGAAUUCUGGAGAUAUCCAUGAAUGUAGCAUUGAUAACAGAUUCAUCAUGACACCAGAUGUAAUGAGUCAGCCUAAUUGUUCCAGUCUGGAUAACAAUGUCCCUGAACAUUCUGUGGACCUACCGCAUGACAACUUACCUGCUAUGUGGAUUCAAGAUCAGCUUCUUCUUAAAUUGCAGGAUUUCCAGCAUCGUUCUGUGCAAUCUGUGAAAGUAAGUUUAAGGUGGAAUCAAGUUCAAUAUAACAGAUGUCUUAAAUGUAGAACAGCACAACACUUUGUAUAAAAUUGAAGAUUAUGCUAGCGUUAGUGUACUUAUAAUCUUAAUUUUAGUAAUGACAGGAGGCGAGUAUUUUGCAUAUAACUCUCUUUACUAACUCCACAUAGCAGUAAAGAAAAAGUGAAAACGAUAACCAAUCAAAAUGCAAUAUGCUGUAUAGUAUUCACAGUGAUGAGGCUCCUCCCCCUCUUUCGGAAGCGACAUCAGGCAAAACUCAAGAAACAAUAACGUCCAAACAUGUAUAACGUGCACCAACGUGUGAUUCCCAUCGACAAAACAGACUUUCACGGGGUGCGAACUGAUUCAGAGUGUCCUGCAACGUGCAGCGGUUGAUGUGUCCCAUUAACGAGGCUCCAGGAGCUGAAGGAUGAUUCAACUGUGUCCACUCUGAGAAGGAUCUGUGAACAUCGUGGAUUUAAACUGAAACGAGAACGUGAAACGGAUUAGGCACCGAUCUUUCAACUGGUUGCAGUAUCGACCCCACAUAAUAAAGCAAUAGGAGACCCCCUGGUUAAAAGGUUAAUGCAUAAUAACCUGAACAUAACAGAUCCCAAACCAAGAGGAGACGAAGGUAUAGAUACCAGAUAAGACAACGGGAUAUAGAAAUAUACUUACGUGCAUCCACUCUUCCCAAGGGAGGGAAAGGGUGGGAAAAUACUCGCCUCCUGUCAUUACUAAAAUUAAGAUUAUAAGUACACUAACGCUAGCAUAAUCUUCAAUUUUACCACAUGACAGGAGGCUUCCUAUUUUGCAUUUUUAACGCUGAUGUAGAAGAGACAUAGCCGCACCUGAACUCGGGCGAAAGUAGAAUGUCCGAAAGGUAGAUUCCCUCGACCAGUCAGCUGACCGAAGGAUAUCCGCCAGGGACGCGCCUGCCGAGAAAGCCGAGGAGGCCGCCGCCCCGCGCACUGAGUGUGCACCGAAAUUAGCAUCCACACCCGCCAGAGAUAGGAUCCAUCGUACCCAUCUGGCGAGUGUGGUAGUCGAAACGGGAACGUGUGGCCUGACAUAGGAUACUAAUAACUGUCCCGAGGCAGAGGCCCGGAGCAAGGCUGUGGUCUCCACGUACUGAUGCAGGGUAGAGACGACGCAUAGCUGCGGUUCAGUAGCGAAGAAGGGAUAAAAGACCGACGUAGAGUCCGAUUUGGUACGUCGUGAUACGCGGAAGGUAACUCCCUCAGGGGAAACCGAAAAGGCAUUGAUGUCGAAAGCCCGCACGUCCGAAACCCGACGGAAGGAAACGAGGCAAAGUAAGAGGGUCAGUUUGGCCGAGAGUUGUCUGAGAGACAGUCUGUCAUUAGUCGGCCAAUCUCUCAGAAACCGUAGGACCACCUCCACGUCCCACAUGUGGGAGUACUUAGGUCCUGGUGGUCUCUGUAAUCGGAUACCCCUCAGGAGACGGCAUACCAGAGGGUCCUUCCCAACGGGAAUACCUAAGUUCGGGACGUGAGCCACCGAAAUCGCCGAGCGCACGACGUUAAGCGAGCGGUAGGAGCGACCCGUAGAGAAAAGGUGUGAAAGAAAAUUCAGAAUAGCUGUUACAGGUGCCGUAAAUGGAUCGAAGUUCCGUUCACUGCACCAAGAGGACCAGGAACUCCAAGCUGAUAGAUAGCAUCGUCUGGUCCCAGGUGCCCAGGAAUCCCAUAUGAGGUCUCUAGCCGUUUGCGAUAAAUCGCAGGUUUGCCAGGCUCCCCUGAAAGCGUCCAAGCCACCAGGGUGAGGCGAUCUUCGAGGAUGAGAGGAUGGGGGUUCCCCUUUGGAUCCGUGAGGAGCAUCGGAUAGGAUGGUAUGAGAAGUGGAUCGGCGUAGGACAGUGCCAGGAGGUCCGGAAACCAUGGUUGGCCCCGCCAUAGGGGAGCGAUGAGGACUAGAGAUCCGUGUUGAUUCUUCAGGUAUUGAAUCGUCCUCGCUAUCAUGGCGAACGGGGGAAAGGCGUAUGCUCCCUCGGUUGGCCAUGAUUGGAGAAAUGCGUCCACCGCCGCGCUCUCCGGGUCCGGAAGCCAACUGAAGUAGUUGAGUGUCUGUCUGUUGUUGCGAGAUGCAAACAGAUCCAGUUGGAGGGGACCUCUCCUGCUCGAGAGGCGUUGGAAGACCUGAGGAUCCAGUCUCCAGUCGCUGCUGUCCCGCCAAUGGCGUGAAAACCAAUCUGCUGUCAGAUUUGUCUCCCCCGGAAGGUAUUCCGCCUUGAGGGAGAUGUUGCGGGGCAAGCAGAAGUUGAAAAUCUCCUUCGUUAUUUCGGAUAACAGUCGGGACCGAGCUCCGCCCAGGCGGUUGAUGUAUCGAACCGCGGAGACGUUGUCCAUCCGGAGGAGGAUGCAACAGUUCGAUCUGUCCUUUGCUAAGCUGCGAAUCGCGAAUGAGCCUGCUAGGAGUUCUAGGCAGUUUAUGUGUAGGUCGAUUUCCUGAGAAGUCCAGGCGCCUCCUGUCGACUUGCCUUCGCCCGUCGCGCCCCAGCCCCAAAGGCUGGCGUCCGAUUCCAGAACUAUGUCGGGCGAACUCCCGAAGAUGGCUCGGCCGUUCCAUGCCUCCAUGCUGUCUAGCCACCAUCUGAAUUCCUCCUUUACCUCCUCCGUAAUCGGGAUAGUUUGGUCGUAAGACGGGUUCCGGUGCAGGAAGGAGGUCUUCAGGCGUUGCAUUGCUCUGUAGUGCAGGGGUCCCGGGAAUAUGGCCUGGAUGGACGCGGAUAGUAGUCCCACAAUCCGGGCCAGAUUGCGGAGCGGAAUGGAUUGGCAGCGAAUGACUCUGCGUAAUUCUUUUUUGAUGGCCGCGAUCUUUGUCGUCGGCAGGCGUAACGUGCUGGACUUGGAGUCUAUUUCGAAGCCCAAAAACUGCACCGUCUGAGCUGGAGACAUUUCUGACUUCAGGAAAUUGACCACGAAGCCCAGUGAUGUCAGGAAGUCUACGGUAAAUUGUGUGUGUUGAGUCAGUCUGGACUUGUCUGAGCAGAACAGAAGCAGGUCGUCCAGGUAAAUAAUGCAACGAAUCCCUCGUGCUCGAAGAUGUGCGACUACUGGCUUCAUUAAUUUGGUGAAGCACCACAGGGCUGAACUGAGUCCAAAGGGAAGGCACGUGAAUUGCCAAGGCCGGUCUUGCCACUGAAAUCUGAGGAAUCGGCGGUAGUCGAUGUGGACGGGUACCGAGAGGUACGCGUCCUUGAGGUCCAGUCUCGUGAACCAGUCCCCGUCUUGGAGGAGGUCCCUCAGAAGAUGUAUGCCCUCCAUCUUGAAGUGCCUGUAUACGACGAAUGCGUUGAGGCCUUUCAGGUUUAUGACCGGACGGAAUUCCCCGGUCUUCUUCUUUACCAGAAAGAUGUUGCUGAAAAAUCCCCCCUGAUCGUGAGCGGGUUCUAUCGCCCCUUUCGAUUGGAGUUCCUCCAACUCGAUUUGUAUGAGUCGAUGGUCUUCCGUGGAACAUGUCCAGGGGUAAGGAGGUACCGUUUGGUUCGGGUGGCCCACGAAGUCUAUGACGUAGCCCUGUACGGUCUGCAGGAUCCAUGCGUCCGUCGAAAUGGUUGUCCAAUUCUGAAAAUAGAGAGCAAUACGACCUGCCGUUUGUGAAGUAAGGGGUACGUGAGUCACAUAUCGGCUUACCUGUGGGGGUGAAGCGUGCUCUGCCACGGCCCCUUGAUCCACGACCUCGGUCGGCUCCCCUGGUGUAGGAGAAAGGCUGUCUGUAGCCAACUUCCGGGUAGAAUGGUUGAGGUCUUUGUGAGCGGGGGCCUGAAGGCCAAAAGCGGCUGGCUGCACGGCCCCUGUAGCGGCCAGCCCGUCCAAAAACGCCCCGGUUAGGGUUAUUCCUGAAGACCCGCUUCAUGGUGGUCUGAGCUUUGUUAAGCGACGUGAACACGUUCACGUGUCUGUUCAGGUCCUUCAGGAAAGCGUCCCCGAACAGCUUGCCCUGUGCCAGUGGUCCUAAUUCUCUGGUGCCCAAAUCCGCCCAAAUCCACCAGCUUUCCGUCUAAGCGGAGUAAUGCUGCUUUCCUCCUCUCAGAGGAGAGGGCCACGUUGGCAUUGCCAACAAAACAAAAACAGCGUUGCGCCCAUUCUCUUACGUCGUGAGCCCAUUCACGUACCAUGUUGGUAUCAAACUGUUCAGCUCGGGUGAGGGCGUCAUCCGCCAAGUACAUGAUGCGGGAGAGGGGGCCGAUCGCAUCCAGCAACUUGUCUUGUACGCUAUGGAAACCCUUCUCCACCCCUUUACGGGGAUCCCGACCACCCCGAGACAUAAAGGUGGUCAUGACCUGGUCGAAUUCGGGGUCUGAGCCACUUGAUCUGGUAGUGAGGGGCGAGGACAUUCGGAACGCAAGCGGUUGCGGACCGUCUUAUCCAAUGGUUUGCGUAGCCACUUGUGCAUGAACUUCGCCAGGUGUUCGGGGGUGUCCAGUCCCCCGAACGCGGGUGUCGAAUGUUCCGUGGGUCGAAUAAUCGCUGGCCCGAGGGGUCCAGGAUGGUUUCGCCUUCGUCCUGCGUUUGUGCCGGGUCGUCCGGCAGAUGAAUGUUGUCUAGGAAGGUGCCCUGUAGGAAACCAGGGCGUGACUCCUCCUCCGAGUCCCAGGCGUUUUCCUCUUGGGAAUCGGAAUCCAUGGCCUGCCAUGAGUCCAAAAUCGCCAUGGGUGGCGAGUGUCUCCCCUCCUCAUCUGAGGAGUAAUUGCGUCCUGGGGAAGGGACAGCCGGAGCUGGCUUACGCCUUUUUAUAGGGGUCUUGCCCUUGUCGGGGUUGGCGUUCCCCUUUUCGCCCUUCCAGUGGCGUUUAGAGGGCCGAGUAUCGGCUUGUGUGUGUGAUUCCGAAGCCUCGGAAUCGUAGUCCUGUUGCUGGACCUUAGCAGGGAUUUUCUGUUCGGCAGAGGCCGUCAGAACCCUGGAGAGUGCCUUCUCCAUCGAGGCCGCUAUAGCCUCACUGAUCAUAUUUUGAAAUUCAGCAGUGUUUUGAGAAGAAUCCAUGGUGAAAAUAUUGACCACACAAAUUUGUACUUGGCACAGGGCGCAGAUAGGGUCAGGGGUCAGUCUGUAUUAAUAAUGGUACCAGCAGUACCAGUUCAACCCCAGCAGGGUGAAUAGUAAUUACGUGCAGUGGUACCGGCAGUACCAAAACCCCCAGCAGGGUGUAAUAAUAAAAGACUCAGGUAAAUGCACGUGGUACCAGCAGUACCUGUAACCCCAGCAGGGUAUUAUUGGGUUUUUUCACUGGGCCGCACCCAGGUAUAUGGAGGAGGUAUAGUCACACCUCAUAAGCAGCAUAAGUAUUAGGGGCCGCACCCCAAGAGCACAGGGUAUUGCAACCCUAUUGUGCUUUAGUACACAGACUGUAUUAACUGACCUUGUGACCCUUGCCUUCAACACACUUGCUAGAAGAUUGUCUGGGACGUGUUUGAAGGUGACCGGGUGUAAGUAGGAGCCAGGCACAGUCUGCAAGUGGCUCGGUGGGGCUUAAAAUUGCGGCCGUGGAUCUUGCGAGAUGCGAGAUCCAAGAUGGCCGGCGCCGGGAGCGAAAAUCUCGUGAGCGCCGGUCGGGAUGUGCGCGGUCGAGAGACCGCGGGGUGGGGGUGGAUGAAAGGGGUGAGCGUUACCCCAAAGGUGUCCUGGAAUGAGCAAUCCGCCGUUUGGGCGGCGGAUAGCUCGAGAAAACGGUCGCCAAGCCGGCGGAAGAAAGAACCCAGAAAAGGGCCCCACAGAUAAGGGGAGACAGAGAAUACAGGGACAGGAGUCCCUGUGGGAAGAGAUAAAGAGCAGAAUAUAGGGUAGGAUGCAAUAGUCAUAUAAAUAACGUAAAAGUUAAAGGUACAAUAUAUUUAGUCAAACAAACAGUAAUGAAGAGGAAGAGCUGAAACUCUGACCUGUCUGCUGAUGGAGCAGUAAAGAAAGAGGGGGAGGAGCCUCAUCACUGUGAAUACUAUACAGCAUAUUGCAUUUUGAUUGGUUAUCGUUUUCACUUUUUCUUUACUGCUAUGUGGAGUUAGUAAAGAGAGUUAUAUGCAAAAUAGGAAGCCUCCUGUCAUGUGGUAAAAUUGAUUUUGAUACAGAAAAGUUAAUUCCUCGCUAUCAGUAUGGCUGAGUAGGGGGAGGUAUCCAGGUAUUUGGAAGAAUCUAAUUUGUUUGACAUUAAACCAGUGAUAGCGCCAGGAGACUCUGGGCAAUAGAACCACUACAGCGAGCUAGAAUGUUACGGUGCUUACAGUUCCCUUUUAAUCAUUAUUUUCCCACAUUUACUGAUUCUCUCUUCACUCCCAGCAAACUUAGCUUCCUUUAGUUGUCACUGCCACUUCAUUGUUUAUGAGUUUCUUUUCUAGGAUUCUGGCGAUAACCAUGAACGUAGCAUUAAUAACAGAUUCAUCAUGACACCAGAUGUAAUGAGUCAGCCUAAGUGUUCCAGUCUGGAUAACAGCGUCCAUAAACAUUCUGUGGACCUACCGCAUGACAACUUACCUGCUAUGUGGAUUCAAGAUCAGCUUCUUCUUAAAUUGCAGGAUUUCCAGCAUCGUUCUGUGCAAUCUGUGAAAGUAAGUUUAAGGUGGAAUUCCAGUUCUUGUUCGAUAUAACAGAUGUCCCCUCUCAUAAUAUUGUAAAGCGCUACGGAAUCUGUUGGUGCUAUAUAAAUGGCAAUAAUAAUAAUAAUAAUAAUAAUGUCUUAAAUGCAGGACAGCACAACACAAUCAAUGCCAUCCAGGUUGCAUAAAAUUGAUAUUGAUACAGAAAUUUAAAAAAGCAUGGCUGAGGAGGAGGGAGGUAUUCAGGUACUUGGAAGAGUCUAACUGGUUAAACCAGGAAUAGCACCAGGACACUCUAGGCCAGGAGUCGGUAACCUAUGGCACGUGUUCCAUGCAAGGCACUCAAGGCUGCCAGAGUAAAACAGGCUCUGGCCUAUCAGGAGUCAGCUUUAUUUUCACAACGCCGUGCUUCCUUUUUUCUAUUGAUCAAUAUGUUUGCGACUCAAUCAGACAAGCCCCCACACCGAGGUCAGCUUUCUAGUGGAGAUUAUGACUGAUAUCCCUUUAUAACAGCAGAGCGGUAAAUGGCCUUCAUUGUUUUCAUCAUGCAUAGUCUCUGCUCCCUUGUCAAUUUUAAAUAAAUACACAUUUAAAAAAAUCUAAAGAAUAAUAUAAAAAUUAUAGAAAGGAUGUAACGUAUGCAUUAAUUUCAGUUUUAUUGUUUCCAAGGUGCCACGUGUUUGCAUUUCUUGAUGAUUUGAGUUGCUGGGUUUAGUAAAUAAAUCAGACCGUCUAAUGGUUUAUCAAAGGAAAACAAUGACUUCCUGGGACUUUUAAUAUUAUAUUUACUUAUCCCUAUAUUUAACAUGUUUGUGAGAUGUGAACAAUAAAAUUAAAUGUAGAGUCACACCUCUUAUCCUGUAACUGGACACCUCCAUCUUAGCUCCCUGUCAAUCAUUAUUAUAAGCUCUGCCUUUUGCACCUGUCAGCACAGGGAGAGCAUCCAGAGAGGAGGAGAAAGGAAACAAUGUUUCUAUAUCUCCUCUUCAUUUGCAUUGUGUGCCCUGGCUGUGCCAGAGAAAAGAAAACGAAAACACGAAAAAAGGUUAACACAUUUUUUUUUAAAUUCAAUGGCGCCUAUUCCAGAGAAAUGACAAUAAAACCCGACAUUUAUUGUGUCUGACUUUCUUUUUUCUAGGAUUCUGGAGGCAGCUAUGGACGUAGCAGUGAUGGCAUAUGCAUCAUGACACCAGAUGGAAUGAGCGAGCCUAAUUGUUCUAGUCUGGAUAAUAGUGUUUCUGAAAAAUCUGAAGACCUACUACAAGAACACUUACCUGCUGUGUGUGCUCAAGAUCGUCUUCCUCUGAGAAAGCAGGACUUCCAGCUUUGCUCUGUGCUGGGGAAAGGGCAGUUUGGGAAAGUAAGUUUAUGGUGGAAUGCCAGUUCUAGUUCGAUAUAACAGGUGUCUUAAAUUCAGGACAGCACAACACUUUAUUCUUUAAUUUCAGGUUCUGCUGGCCGAGCACAAGGAAACAACCAAGGUGUACGCCCUGAAAUUCAUAAACAAAGUCAAGUUAGAAUUACCACAUCAUUUCAACAAGUCAGUGAAUGCAGUAAUGAAUAUCUUGUGUUUAGGAGAAGGACCAUGUCCUGUUUCUGUCAUUUAUUUUGACAUUUGGUUUUGGAGUUAAAGAAAAUAAACUUUGAACUUUUCUUUUCCUUUCCAGCCUUCUGAGUGAGAAGCAGAUAUUCCAGACGGUGAGCAAUAGGCGGCACCCAUUCCUUGUGAACUUGUUUGGGUGUUUCCAUACUCGAGAUCACGCCUGCUUCGUUAUGGAGUAUGCAGCAGGGGGCGACCUUCUCUCAUGCCUUGAUAACAACCACGGCCCGUUUCCAGAACCCAGAGCAGUGUGAGUAUAAGCAGCAUUGUGUUCAUAUAUCGAGAUCUCACCCAAUGUUCUACAGAUGGUGGCUUGGGCUGAGCUUCACAUUCCAUCACGUCUUCUCACAUUAAUAAUGAAUCCUGGGAUAUCACACUGGGUUUAAAUUCUAGUUUAAAAGAGGUACAUUUACAGAAGGAGAUAAAGGAAAUAAAACAACGGGUGGAAACAAUGCCCAUUACAUUAAAACUGUAACAAUGUCAUAAAAACAGAAUUUCAUAUUUUUUUUUUUUUUUAAAGAGAUGAAGUAGAGUCACAAGUAAUGAAAUAUAAUGGAGAACGAUAAAGAUGCCAGCACAGGUUUUAGAAAAACAUAUAAACAUGAUUAGUCAUUAACAAACACGUUCUGUACUGACAAUGACUUCAAAUUGUAUAAACUGAUAUAUAUUCCAUGAGCUGCUGUAUAUCUGCUUGCUGUUAUGUGUCCAAUGCUGGAUCAGUGCAGUUACUUCUGGCAACACACAGCCCUGUCUGACCAACUAUGGCUAACGAUUCUGGAAGUAUGGGCCUUAGUGAAUGGAACCAGCUGUAAGUGAUAAACGACCAAUCACCAUUGUAUCAGCUCAUAAAUAACAACCCACCAGCGGUGAUAGAGAAGGAGGGAACCUGGGAAUUAAUGUAAUAUGUCAGAAUACAGAGGGACUUAGGAAAUAUGGGAUAAAACCAUUAAAUAGUACAAAAAUCUUGUAGACCUCAAUGGAUUUAUUUAUUUAUUUUCCCCCCCAGGUUCUAUUCUGCAUGUGUCGUCCUUGGACUUCAGUAUUUACACGAACAAAAUAUCAUCCACAGGUAAGCUUAUAGAAACAAACUACACAUGGAGUGUCGGUGAUAUUUGUAUUAUUUAUGUCACCUGGUCUGUGUAACCCAGUUAGUUUAUCUAGAUGAAGUUAUUCAUUUUAACCAAUUAAAAAGCCUGAGCAUUGAAAGCUAUCCUGAAUGCUUCUAGUGUUAUGUAAAAUUAAUAAAACUUUCUUUUCUACAUUUUAAUUUAGGGAUCUGAAGGUCGAAAAUAUUGUUCUGGACGAGAAGGGAUUUGCAAAGAUUACUGACUACGGUCUGUCUGUAGAAGGUAACUAUAAUGUUCUAAACUAAUUUCAGAUAAAACAAAAAGGUCACACUUACUUAGUUCAAAAUCAGAGUUAUCUUCAAUUUAAACAGCCAUUUAACAUAUAAUAGGAUGUCUAUAAAAUGUGUACUUUAUUCCAAAAUAAACCUAAAGGAAUGUUCCCCGAUUUUUCCAAUUUAAAUUAUGUUGUGAGUCAGGAAAAAUAGACUGGGCUUUGGUCCCUCGGAAAAAUAGAUUUUUUUUAAAGAUUUCAACAAGCUCAGCAAAUGCUAUUUAAUAUUAUUUUUAGAGAAAAAUGAGAUUCGAUACAGAAACAUAUUACCAGUCAUCUUAAUCUGAAUUAAAUUGUUAUGGUGCCAUGAGGCCCCUGGGUGCAUUCGUACCUCAAGGGGUUCAGCUGUUCUCAGACAGUUCGUUUAACCCCUUGGAAGUAAGAGUGUGCCCGGCGCCUGCUGGCAUCAUAACAACUUCAUUUAGAUGAAGAGUUGUUACGGUGCUCAGACUGUUCCUUUAAAGUCUUUGUGACUGAAGUGUAGUGUAAGUGUAUAGAGUACCUAAACCCAGCCCAAAUGCGGCCACUGCGAUAAUGUCAAUUUUCACUUUUUAAUGGUAUAAAUCCAGAUUUGGAUGGAAAUUCUAUGAGCAGUUGUGGCAGCAAAACACCGAACUAGGUGGGGCAGAGCUAGCAGCUGAACGGAGCAGACGUGUGGCAGAGGAGCACCUAGACAAAUAGACUAAUAUAGCCUACUUAAACGCAUUACCUUUACUCCUGAAGACGAGAAAAGACAACCACAAGCAUGGGGAAAAUGUCCAGACGAGAGGGACCUGUCACACUCUCAGGCACCCAGGAUAUAGGGGACCUUUUGCUGCGCCCGGCAAGGCUCCCAGAGGCAUUCCCGCCAAAAGAAAACGGUGACUCAUCAUCGGCACACUCCGAGGAAAAGGCCCUGGACACGCUGGAUGAAAUCCCUGCCAUAGGGGGAUUACACCACAAGUCUUCUGAUGAGGACAAUGAAAUGCCCUCAACUAAAGGAGAUAUUAAAGCUCUCCUACGCACAGUUCGCCAGCUGUUUGCCGCAGAUCUCGCGGUAGUGCGUGAGGGGAUUCACUCAGUAGAGGGCCGUGUGAAGAUGGUGGAGGAGGAAACACAAGACCUCCUCGCACGCAACACCACAUUGGAGGCCACGACAGCCGAACUUCAUAGAGCUCAAAAACUACUUGAACAACGCCUAGACGACAUGGAGGACAAGCACAGGGCCGGAACAUAAAAAUCAGGGGCAUUCCAGAGAGCAUAAUCCCUGUGGAGCUUCCACACUACAUAAGAAGACUGCUGGCAAACAUACUAACCUGUCAGCAGGCCAAACAGACAGUGGUGGAUGGCGUAUUCCGCAUUCCUAAAGCGGCAAGUGCACCAGCUAGCUCACCAAGAGAUGUAAUCCUACAGUUUCAAACAAGAUCGGCACAGAUCGCUCUCAUGACAGCAGUAAGGGAACUGCCUUCCUACACAUUCGAAUCUGCGGCCUUAACCUUCUUCCAGGAUCUGCCCAGAUCAACGCUGAUAUGGAGGAGCCUCCUCAAACCCCUGACCACCACUCUCCGUCAACAUUCUAAACCAUAAAGAUGGGCCUACCCACGAAGCCUGUUGAUUCCACACAACGGGAAAACAAUACGAGUUACAGACACCUCAGAGGUGGACGCUACACUGCUGACUCUGGGACUGCCGCUGAGAGCUGAACCAGAGGCUUCUCCACUGACAGUACCACACAAUUGGGACAUGUCUAGAGUUGUGGCCUUUAAGCCAUCCAAGCCCCCUGCUGAAAACCCAGGUCCCCCCUCAACCCCAUCAACCUCCUCUAGACCGCGGAGCAUAUGUGGUCUCCCAACCGGCACCUGAAGAGAUGGGACACUGACUUGGGAACUACACUAAAAGGUUCCAGUUGUACCACAGUUUUACUUUUAUGUUAGUUACUCAUUUUUAAACUUCUAAUCCCCUCGUUUUAUUAUCAAUAUUCCCAAUGCUAAUUGUAUGCAGCGCAGCCUUACUCUCUUGCUUAAUAACCUUGUGGGAAGUUGCUGACAGUGAGCUAAGUCACAGUGGUAGUCCCCAUAGGCUUACCUACCCAUUGUAACAAUAGCACACUGCUCAAACACGGGGGCACAGAUAGACCCACUCGCACAAGCCACGCACAGCCAACGUCCCCUCUUACAAUGCGGGCCGUGCAUGCAGCCACACCAUGGGAAGGGUGAACUAGAAAAGGUCACUGCCCCUCCUCAGCCAGGAAACUUCACUUUUCCACAAAUUAGCAACACAUUCCCGAGCACAGCGCCAGGCACCUCUAAAACUUACCCUCACUGUAGGGCAUGCUUUGCCCUUCCCAGCUGAGGGGCCGAUAACAAGAGAUCACAGAGCACAGCUGACACAACUCAGUAAAGAGCCAGGUCAGUGACAUCUAACCCCCCCGAGCUCAGGGACACAAAGCACUAAACACAACAUGCAUUGACACAUACCAAUACUAACACUACAGAAGCAGGACAUACUUUGCAUAACUUAAACUGUUAGUUAUUGCUAUUAAUCUAAUCAUUUACUUUAAUCUGCAUGAUUCAAAGGGGGAAUAAGUGGGCACAGUACAUCUCUGAUCUGCACUAUCUCUGACUCCAUGAUCGUGAACUGUGGUCUCUCUAACUCAUUUACGGUUUACUUCCAUAAGCAUUUGUGUGGGCAGCAGUACUCCUGACUUAAAAGCAGAGAUUAUGCACUCUUGUUUCUCAUUUUUAUUUUUUAUUUCUUUCCUUUUUAUUUUUCCUACAAAAUCUACCAUGAAUGCCAGUUUGCACGAUUUCUAACUACUAAACAUAUUUAAGCAUCCUCAAAAAAAAUAAAAAUGUGUGCAGUUUAAUCCUGUUAUGCUACUGUUUGCAUUAUUAUGCCUGUUACAGGUCUGUUUGUAAAUCAUUAUGGCACAGUAAAAAUAAAGAAUUAAAAAAAAAAAAACUGGAAGCCAUCUCAAAAUGUAAAUUGCUAAAACUGAACAUCUAUCCUCGGCUAAUAUCCAAUUCUAUUUUCUCUAUUUCUAAGGAGUCGGAUACGGAGAUAAAAUCAUCGGCCUUUGUGGAACUCCUAAUUAUAUGGCUCCUGAAAUGGCCAAGCGCAGGGCAUAUACAAGAUCUGUGGACUGGUGGAGCUUCGGAGUGGUUAUUUAUGUAAUGCUAACAAGAUACGUAAGAACAAUCUUUUAUUAACAAUUUACAGACAGAUUUCUGUUUAGAAAAUAUAAAGAGAUUCUGCCAAGCAUUUGCUUUUAACAUAAUACCUUUUAUUACUUUUUUUUGGCCUCCCCAAUAAUUUCACUCUCCCCAACAGCCACACCCACAUUUGUACGCAAAUUAUUCCCAUCCCACCCCAAAAGAGACCCCCUCAUAAUUUCUCUGCCAAUUAAUUAACUCUUCCCUUUCAGACACAGACCCCACAUUCCCUGAGAGUUAUUUUUCCACUCGUUUAUCUGGCAUUUAACUAUAUGAGUCCAUCCUCAUCCAAAUCACAUCUCACAUUCUCCUUCCCAUAAUAGAUCCCCACAUAGCUACAUUCCCAACUGGUGUCAAUACCAUGUAAAUUACCCCUAACUAUUGAUUCCCACGAAAAACAUUUGGCUGCCAAACACCCCCCACUCUGUGAUUUUUUUCACAGAGUGAAAUAAAUCUCUUACCGAUGACUCAUCCCCGUCUUCUGCUCUGACCCAUGUCCAGUAGCUCAGUGCUCCGGUGGCUGGUGUUGUGUCCAUACAUAGUGUGUAACCCUCUGUAUACUGCUUCUUUGCAAAUACCGAAAUACGGUGAGAAUAUGCUCAGUAGUUCUGACCCUAAUAAACAUCCCACAUAGUUACUUGUUGAAGUCUUUCGUAUUCCAAUUUUUUUUCUCCUUACAAAAAGAAAAAAGCCAUCAUAACCCAAUAUAACUGUACAAAAUAAUACUAGAUUACAAUUAAAAAAGUAAAUAAAUAAAAACACCAGGAGAAAAUUAAUUGGAAUAUAGAUCUUCCAGUCCUUUGUCUGACAGCUCAAAAAUAGAGAUUCCAUGCCGACGUGAAAAUUGUUCAGUGUUUUUGAAAAUUCCAGCCAAUCACAGAGCUUUGCCAGACGCAUUUCACUCCCCUGCAGUACACCCGGUGAUGUAUAUAAUGACAGUUUAUAGUUUUCUUGCACAUAUCAUACUUUCAUACACUGACACAACACAUUGUGUCAUCUGUACUACACAUUCAUUGCUCAACUGUCUACUUCUGAAUUUUACAACUUAUUAAAACUUAACCUGUGGUUUUUUAAAAUGUAUUUUUUCUCUAGCUACCCUUUGAAGGCCGUGAUGUUGAGACGUUAUAUGCUAAUAUUGCCAAACAGAAACUGAAAAUACCAGAGUCAUUGUCUAGUGAAGCCACUUCAAUACUAAGUAAGGUAAGUCACCACGCAAAUGUAAUAUAGCAUACGACCCGAGCUCAGAAUGUCCAUUCGCCAUUGAUGAGUGGAGAUUCAACCCUAGAAACCUGAGUUGGGAUGGGGGAAUUCUAUAAACCUCUGAAGAAUGUGUAGAAUAGAAUGGAGGUUCGGGUGAUCUGUGGUACGUGGAAUGUAUCAGUUUUUUUUUAUUUUAUGUUUUCCCAAUAGCUCUUUUAUUGGCCAUGCAAAUUUCUCAAUACUAUAUACACCUUGAAUUGGAUGUAUCUAGCUGUGUGUGUCUUAAUGCAGGUAAAGAAACAUUCAUUAUUACAGAGUUUUAAAACAAAACACGGCAUAUCUGCUCUCUCAUUCUAUGAUACCCAUAAAUCCUACAUUAUUACCCAACUGACACUCAUAUCCUAUAGUUAUGUGACAUACAGCACCCACUAGUGGCUUGUAUGUAAGCAUGCAGGUAGUUGCCGCGUGGCAGAUGCAGAGCCCGGUCUCAGGUGGGCAUAAUGCCAGAGUUUUUGCAAAGAGGAGAGACAUCAUGGCUGAAGGAGCCAAGUCUGGAAACUAGAGUUAGAUAAAUUUUAUAUCUGAUAUUUUGACCUCAGAUUUGCAGACUGACUUGUCUUCGCUCCCCCUCUUUAGUAAAAAAAAAAAAAAACCUAUAACAAAACCUAUUUUAAAAAAUUCCUUUUACAGUUACUGACUAAAAAACAUGUGAAGCGUCUGGGAUCCAGCGAGAGAGAUGCAGAGGACGUGAAAGACCAUCCUUUUUUUCAAGUACGUUCCCAUGUUUUCUUUGUUUUGUAUUCUCACUUAAAGUGGUUUUGUCACAAAAAAUUUGUGAGAAUUUCGUCAAGAUAAAAUCUUUGUAUGAUAUUCAUAUUAGCGGCUUUGAAAUUUUACUGAAAUUCAAACAAGGCAAUACUGUGUCUUAUGGUCAAGUCCAAGAUUGGCAAAUAAGUUUAUCUUGUCAAGUUUUGUCAAUUCCCAGAUCCCAAGUAAGGUUGUUCCCAUUGAUGGUGUUUGUAAAUUAUGGCAGAGCAACUUUAAAGUAGAAUUGUCAUUUAGGAAGGAAGCUAAAUAAACAUUCUUUAAUGUUAAGUUAACUUUGAACACAGAUGUAUUUCCCACAUUUAAAGGGACACUGUAGUCACUAUAACCAUUUCAUCUCUUUGAAUUGGUUAUAGUGCCUGGAGUUCCCUGGCACUGUCCCUCCACUCAGUGUUGCACCAUGUUCAUGCAGUAUGCCACAACAUAAGAGUCCCUGGCCACCUACAGUCCAGCCCCUUCUGUAUGUGUAGCUAAGGCAGAGAUUACACACUUCCUUGUUGUCAUACCCAUUCAUACCGUCAGUUGGAGCUCUGACAGGCUGAAAGCAGUCACCUGACACUCUCAACCAAUCACAGCUGUCCAUUGCUGCUCAGGCUAAUACUUCCUUAUUAUCCAAAGCUGCACAGAGGGGAUGGAUUGCCUGGGACUCUUGUUUAGCAUUAAAACAUAAAAACAUUAAAAACUGUUUAAUGCUGAAAGAAAUUAUGGUACCAGGGGACUCCAGACACUAUAACCAGUUUAAUGAGAUGAAGCAGAUACAGUGCCUACGGUGUCCCUUUAAUAUUAGUCUCACUAGUCUUUAAAAAAACACUUCAGCCAUUUGUAAAAGCUUUGGCAGCUUACCUGGGGUCCUCUGGGCUCUGGUCGCAGGUUGACUCAGUGGCUGAGAGUGUUACCUGAGCACUCUCAGCCAAUGAGUGCCUCCAUGCACUGCAAGGCUAGCUCACCGCAGGGAGGUUACUGGCUGGAAAGGAGGAGGAAACCAGCGGACUCCAGGUAAGUUGUCACAUCAUUCACAAACAGUUUGACUACUUACACUAGUAGGCUGCCACAGAGUUUCUGUCACCAUAACUACUACACCAAGAUAUAGUGGUUAUGAUGCUUGGACUAUUCCUUUAAGUUAGUGUGAAGAUCGGUUUUGAGAAUCCAAUUGGGAUCUGUACAAAAUGUAGCUUUUUGGGCAUAUUAGCUGUUAUUUUGUAUUUUAUAUAGUUAUUUUACUGGCUUUUACAUGACGCUCAUUAUCUUACACAUUCCUUUCCAGCAUAUAGAUUGGAACGCAUUAUUAUUACAAAAUGUGACACCUCCAUUUGUGCCAACCAUCAACGGAGCCAAAGACGUCAGCAACUUUGAUGCAAUAUUCACCACGGAAGCGCCUAUUAUAACUCCACCAGUAAGACGAAGAGUUCCAUCAUUAUUAGAGAAGAAGACAUUUGAGGAUUUUUGUUGGAGGGCAGAUUGGAGUUAGUCUCGGUUGUGAUCCACAAUAAGAAUUACUGGAGGGAGAAUUAACAUUAAUAUUUUUUAUCCAACGAAAAUAUUUAUUGAACACUAACGUAAGAAUUCCAACUAAAUUUAAAAUUUAAGGUGAAAAUAGCCAAAAAAGAAACAUCCUUUAAGUCAGCUAUACUUUCAGUUUGACUACUGUGGCCUUAAAUUAGAAAAAUCACUUUGAUUAUUUUUUGCAAGUAACCCUCCAAAUUGUUGAAUUGUGAUUAAAC